AUGGCCGAUCUCUAUUGGAUCGAACAGGGGGAGAAUGAAUAUCCGAAAGCAUACUUACAGCGUUUCAUUGACCUCGUGCAUCAAAUCCACGACGUCGACCCACUCACCGCAGCAAAUCUCUUCGUCAAAAGCCUGCAGGUGGGAUCUCUCUUACAUGAGAAUCUCACCAUGACACCUCCAUACAACAUGGCAGACGUGCAGACCCGAGCCGAGGGCGUCUUCAGAGUGUUAGAAUUUCGAGAGCGCGCACAGAAGAAGUCUGCACUCAUCUCUGCUCCACCAGCAAAUAAUCCUCCACCACCUGCCAGGGAUGACAAGAGGAAACAGAACCAAACAAAUCAUACGAAGGAAGGAAAAAGGCCAAGACAGGAUCGGCAGCCAUCACGAUACCCAUCCUUCGAAUACACCGUCCCGCAAGAAGUCAUUUAUGAAGAAAAUAAAGACAGACCUAUCCAGCGAGAGCCCUACAAAAUUACCAUUCCAUCUGACAGAAGGGAUAAAAGCAAAUACUGUCUCUUCCACAAAGAUCACGAUCAUACGAUCGCUGAAUGCCAUAAUUUGAACAAUCAUAUCCAAGCCCUCAUGAGGAGUGGGAGGCUUACCCAAUACAUCAAGGAGACAGGCAGACCAGGCGCCUCGCGGCAGAACCCCGAUUCUGCCCCCGCUCCGCAGGCGUCAGACCCCGUACACACAGCCUCUGACAGCACCCAGGAGCCUCUUAAGCAAGUCCCUAUGAUCCACGGGAUCGUAGAACCCACUGAUAAUCAAGAGCAUGCAACUAAAAUCCAUAAAAGGAUGGAAGAACGAGUGAAGAGAUACAAAUCAUUAGGCCACGUGGUCAGUCUCGUCACUUCAGAAGACAGAAGCUACCCAGCCUCUACAAUCGCCUUCACCGAUGAUGACUUAAAGGGCGUCCACCUACCCCAUGAUGAUCCACUCGUCAUUUCCCUACAAGUUGACCAUUGCCAGCUGGGCAGAGUUCUAAUCGACGGGGGCAGUGGGGUCGACAUCCUCUUCUGGGAAGCCUUCCAGAAGAUGGGGUUAGAGGAGAAUCAGAUCCGGCCCUCCACCAUGCCCAUUUUGGGAUUCAACAGCCAAAGAGUCUAUCCAAAGGGCGUCGUUCGAUUAACUGUGGUGGCUGCAGAACAUGCCCUGCCAGUAGACUUUCUCAUUAUAGAUUCCACCACGAGCUACAAUGCCAUCAUGGGGAGAAAUUGGAUCCACCGGAUGCAGGGGGUAGUCUCAACUCUACAUCAGGUGAUGCGGUGUCAAUCACUCAACGGGCGAUACACCGUCGACAUCAAAGGCUGCCAGAAGCAGGCCAAAAAAUGCUUCCUUACCUUAAAAGAAAUAAAUAGCUCUGGCACUGCUUCCCAUGACAACUCCCCUGACAAAUAG